AUGUGGCUCCUGGUUCUGUGCCUCAUCAUGUUUCUGGGGGGGACUGGUGCUGCACCCCAUGUCCAGAAUCGGCUUGUCGGAGGCUCAGAGUGUGAAAGAAACUCCCAGCCCUGGCAGGUGGCGGUGUACCAUUUUAGCAGCCCCCAGUGUGGGGGCGUCCUGUUGAACCCCCAGUGGGUGUUGACGGCUGCCCAUUGCUUCAGCAGCAAUUACCAGGUCUGGCUGGGUCGCCACAACCUGUUUGAAGAUGAAGAGCAGGCUCAGUUCUCCCUUGUCAGUGGCAGCUUCCCACACCCAGGCUUCAACAUGAGCUAUGCUAAGUUACACGAUCGCGUUCCAGGAGUAGACUACAGCCAUGACCUGAUGCUCCUCCGUCUGACAGAGCCGGUCCGGAUCACCGACGCCGUGAAGCCCGCCAGCAUGCCCACCCAGAAAGCAGAGAUAGGCACAACCUGCGUUACCUCUGGAUGGGGCAGCAUUGCAUCAGAAAAAUUCAAAUUCCCAGACGAACUCCAGUGCAUGGAGAUGAAGCUCCUGCCGAAUGAAGCGUGUGAAAAAGCACAUCCCCAGGAUGUGACAGAGUUCAUGCUGUGUGCAGGGAACCCACCGGCUCACCCGGACACCUGUGUGGGAGACUCAGGGGGCCCGCUGGUCUGCGAUGGGGAGCUGCAAGGCAUCACCUCAUGGGGCUACUUCCCAUGUGGCGCCCCGAACUCCCCACCCUUAUUCGCCUAUGUUUUCAAGUACAAGAAGUGGAUAGAAGACACUAUGGCCAGUAACCCCUGAGCCCAGCUUCUCCCCACUCCCAGUAAAGCCAAAUACGCAUCA